AAAAUAAGCAUAUCCUGGUGCUGGGCCUGGAUGGAGCAGGAAAAACCAGCGUCCUCCACUCUCUGGCCUCAAACAGAGUCCAACACAGUGAGGCCCCCACCCAGGGUUUCAAUGCAGUCUGCAUCAACACUGAAGACCGCCAGAUGGAGUUCCUGGAGAUUGGUGGGAGUGAACCUUUCCGUUCCUAUUGGGACAUGUACCUGGCCAAGGGAUUGUUGCUGAUCUUUGUGGUGGAUUCAGCAGAUCACAACCGAUUGCCUGAAGCCAAGAAAUGCCUUCAUCAACUAAUUGGCGCAAACCCAGUCAUCCCUCUGGUUGUGUUUGCAAACAAACAGGAUCUUGAAACAGCCUAUCACGUUACAGAUAUCCAUGAAGCCUUGGCACUAUCUGAUGUGGGAAAUGACAGGAAGAUGUUCUUGUUUGGAACCCACCUGACUAGGAACGGCUCGGAGAUACCCUCCACCAUGCAAGAUGCCAAAGACUUGAUUGCACAGCUGGCUGCAGAUGUGCAGUGACCGAGACAAGGCCCCCAAGGCAGCAUGCGACCGGAAUGUCAUCAGGAGUCUUGAAGAACAGACUGAAGCCAAAGGUUUCCCCUUGCAAAUAAAAAAUAAGCCAUCUCCUAUUUUCUCGAUGCAUGGCCUCUAUACAGUCGGCCCUCUGUAUUCGUGAGUUUUGCGUCUGGGGAUUCAAGAACCGUGGAUCAAAAUAUUUGAAAAAUCAAUCAGCAAAAAGUAACAAUACAGCAAUAAAAAUGUAAAUUUUGAAAAUACA